AAGUUUUUUCUUAAAAUGGUUGAAGGAAUGUUUAAAGCUUUUUGGUUAGUUUCUGCCGUCGUGUUUGCGGCGGCUACGGUGGUUUACGGGCAACAAGUGCCGUGUUUCUUUAUAUUUGGAGACUCACUUUCCGAUAAUGGCAACAAUAAUAACUUGAAAUCCAAGGCAAAAGUUGACUAUUCACCUUAUGGUAUUGACUUUCCCGAUGGCCCGACCGGCCGGUUUACCAAUGGCCGCACUAUCCCGGAUAUUAUCGGUGAACUAUCGGGAUUUGAGGAUUUCAUACCGCCAUUUGCUGAAGCAUCACUGGAUCAAGCUCACAAUGGGAUCAACUACGCUUCUGGUGGAGGUGGACUUCGUGAAGAAAGUGGCCAACAUUUGGGAGGUAGACUCAGUCUAAGAAAGCAAAUACAAAAUCACAAGAUGGUGAUAACGAAAGCAAAGGUACCAACACAAAAGCUGGAACAAUGUCUCUACGUAAUCAACAUUGGAAGCAACGAUUACAUCAACAACUACUUCAUGUCAGAUUUGUACAACACCAAACGACGUUACACCCCUAAACAAUACGCAUAUUCUCUCAUUAUUAUCUACCGUUCUCACUUAGAGAAUCUGCACCUUCUAGGAGCGAGGAAGGUUGCAAUUUUCGGACUCAGUCAGAUUGGUUGCACACCAAAGAUGAUGAGGUCUCAUAGUGACGGUAAAAGCUGUUCGCGCGAAGUGAACGAAGCAGUGAAGCUUUUUAACAUAAACCUUGACGAACUUGUCAUGGACUUUAAUAAGAGGGUCGAAGGUUCAAAGUUUACUUUUGUCGAUCUUUUCUCCGGUGGAGAUCCCUUAGCAUACUCUCUUUUAGGGUUUAAGGUUAUGGACAAGGGGUGUUGCACCAUAACCCCGGAGGACGAACUUUGUGUACCGGACGAGCCAAUUUGUGCAAACAGGACUGAAUAUAUCUUUUGGGAUGAUCUUCACAGCACAGAAGCCACCAACAUGGUAGUGGCGAAGAGUUCGUUCGACGGACUCCUAACAAAACCGUACAGCAUCUCGCAACUUGUAAACGAAUAG